CAGACAAUUAACUUAAUUGUUACUAAUACAUUUUAAUUGUGCAUUGAAUUCCUGUUCACUAGUUUGACAAAAUGUCUUCAUCAAUUUUUUUGUUCAUUUUUGUACUAUUGACAUGCUACCAUUCAAGUAAAGGUUAUUUAUUGGAUUAUCCAAUUAAAUCACCAAUGGGAAGCCUGUCAAUACUUUCAUCACUGACCGAUAAGUCAACACAAGAAACCUGGACAAUCAAGGAGACCUUAAUUGUUAAGCCAAAAGUUCAUGGAAAGAUUGAAAUUACUCAUAAAAACUACCAAAUUCAAGUUUUUUAUCAUGAAAAUGAUGAUCAGAUCAGAUUAGUUUUCCAUGAUAAUGAAUGUUACGAACUGAAAUAUACACCAAAUGGAUGGAGCUCAAUGAUUCCAACGGUAACAAACCCGCUUCUCAAUAUGGCCUUACUUAUGGGUCCAUCUUUUUACUACCGAAUCGUGCCUCAAUCAAAUAGAUUUUUUGCAGAUGAUAAUGUCUACUUAAGGGGCGAAGAAAUGAAAAAUCUUGUUCUGAAUAUUAACAAAAACCUCAGGUUAUCAUUUCUGUAUCCAGUUACCUUGAACUCGUUUAUUGGGGUCAGACAGCCCAAAAGGCUGAUUCUCACAGGUCAGGUUCCAGGUUCGUCCAAAGGUCAAGUUGAGACAUUAUUUUACGAUAUUUUGAUACGAAAAGAUUGUCAUCCGAUUUUGAUGAAUCCUCCAACUCUUGGUACUGGAUGUCCAAGGUAUCUUGAGCUGAAUCAGCCGUUUCCCAAACUUGACACCGAUCGAUAUCAUGUUAAUGUAAUCGAGACAAUUAAAGAAUCGUCUUCAAGCAGAUCAAUCUACAGUGAGUUUUCCGUCGACGAAAAAAAUUUGAUUACUCGAAUUACAAAAGUAGAGCAAUUUGGUUCUACAAAAUUAGAACAAUCAAUUAUCGUUCACGAUCUUGGGGUCAAGUAUAUCCUUUCAAGUUCAGACGGUAAAUGUUACGUAGUUCCGAUCGACAUUAAAGAAUCUCAGAUCAAUGAUGACAAUUUGAUAACAAUUAACCCAAUUACUUUGGACAUAAAAGAUUUCAAAUACGUUGGUCAAGUUAAACUUGAACAUCGAUCGGAAUUAGUUGAUGUUUGGGAAUCAACGGAACUUUACAAUAAUGAUACGAAAUAUAAUAAGAUUGUCACCACUCAGUUCAUGGCGAAAAACUCCAAUAACAGCGAUUUAGAUUGGGAUUAUUUACCAAUCGCUGCAGAGAGAAAGUUUUACAAAUAUCAUUUAUCUAAAUAUAUUUUGAGUGAAUCAAGGAGACGUGAUUUCUUUGACUAUGAUAAAGUUAAUCAUGAUGAGAAUGAUUAUCGUGAAUCAUUUCAAAUCACUGAUUGUUAUGAUAGUCCUGAUGAUAAAAUGUAUUUGAAGUUACAUAUUGAAAGUUCAGAUUUAAAUUACACGGAAGGUCUUAAUUACGCUGCUGAAAACAUAUACUUGGUUCGAGAAACAAUUAAGCUUUUGGUUUCUACUAAUUUAAAAUUGUCUUACAUUAGGAUAACAAAUGUCGAUAUUGAACUCGAAUCAAAUUACAUUGUCGCUCAUGUCGAAAUAGUUAAAGCUCCAAAUAUCAUUGAAUCCAUGGACAAAACAGAAUACAAGUUUGAUCGUCAAUCUUUUGAUAACUAUUUUAAAGUCUCAAUUAGAAGCCCGACUGAUUGUUUGCGGUCACAAUCAACCAGAGGAGAUAUCGAAUAUGUUAUCAGCUGUAUGGAUUUGGAUCAUCUGUGUGUUGGUGUCAAACGAAAUCAAGAAUUUCCUGUUUCUAUUAAUAACACAUUACACGGCACGGGCUCUAUUUGUCAAGUUUACGUAAAUGGAAACGACAAAUUACGAAAAUUGGUACAAGAAUUGUCACUGGAACAAUUACCUACUCGGUUUUCCCAAUUAAUUGGAAUAAAUUUCGAGAUUCCUUGUGACGAUUGUUUCAUUCAAUUUGGGUUCAAGAUCACUAAUGUUGUCCAAGAUUCUCCUCCUCUCGACACUCAAGAGACUCGAGUUUUAUUCAAGGAUGUGGAAAAUGGAGCUAAGAUUGAUCCUUCUAUCGGAGAGUCGAUUGUAGGGAUUAGAAACUUUGGUGAUUGUUAUCGAGCUUGUCUUACCUCAUCGAAAGGUUCGACUUGUGAAACAUUCUCGUUUUGUGCUUCACUUGAUGAUAGUAAACAAUUGGUAGAAUGUCGAGUAUCUGAGAAAACUUAUGGAUCAUUGGCGAAUAGUGGUACAGUUCGAGAUAACUCUUGUAAUAUUUAUGGAAAAAAUAAUUUACUCGAUUAUCAUAAAUUACCAUCGGUAAAGUUUAUUAGUUCUGGAGGAGAGAAGGACCAAAGAUUGAGUGUUCGAACAGUAGAUGAAUGUGCUCAAGCUUGUGUAGAAUCAAAUGAAAACUGUUAUUCAUUUGAGAUUUGUGAUUCUCGAUAUUGUUCAUUUGGUGGACAUUAUACAACAUCGAAAACAAUAUCAGAUAAAUUCUGUGAUAUUUACAUUCCAAAAAAGAUUCAUCAUUUUGUAAAGAACAAUCAUAAAACUGUCAAAUCAAUAAUUCAUUCAGAAGUCGAUUUAACAGUUGACCAAUGUGCUUCUUUGUGCUUUUCAAUGAGACAAAACGAUGAUCAUUACAAUAAGAAAGAUGGAUGUAAUUCAUUUAAUUACUGUCCAAAAGGUGAAUCUAUCAGUAAAUGUGAAUUAUCAAUUGAAACAAUUUCCGCAUCAAAUGUAAAUCAAGUCUUAUUAUCAGAUGAUUGUUCAAAUUAUCAACUGAUGGAAACAAUUAAGCAGCAAUCAACAUCAACAUCAUCACCAAAAUUGCCUAAAAAAUCCAGGUCUGGUAUCGGUAUUAUUAUUUUUUUCGUCAUCAUUGGCUUGACCAUGGGACUGGUCAGUCCAAUGUUAGUUAAAUACAUCAGAAUUGGUUUCACUCGCUAUAUCUACAAUGGUGGUUCCGAACCCUAUCAAAACCUUAUCAACGACUGAAACUUUUCUUCCUCAAAAUUAUCCAAUAGAAUCCACAAAAAUUUCAAUAUAACCUCCAAUUGUUUCGAGAUUAUUUCUUCCAAUAUCAGGUGUACAUUACCGUUAAUCAUUUUUACUGUUUGAAAUAAAAUCAUUCAUCUAAACAAAUGUAUUCAUAUUUAUCA